CAUCAUCAUGCAUUGCAUGCUAGACAAACUACCAUUGGAGCUUCUGGAGCUCAUCUGCGACGAGCUCGAAACUCAGGAUCUAGCCUCUCUGCUGGGAACAUGUCGCCACACAUACAACCGAACAAUCCACCGCCUGGCCCAACGCUACUCGGAGAUCCACCUCGAUUUCUCCAAGGGGAGCCUCAGUCAAAUCCACGCGAUCGCCAAUAACGAGAUUAUGCGACAGCAUGUUCAGCGGUUGGUGGUCAUGGCCCCCGAACCGUUUCUCGGGCGCAAUCUCGAAUGGCAGCGCAGCGCCGCGGGCCAUAUUUUCAACCCCCUCGAAAAUCCCACUAUCCAACAGUUCCGCAACAAUCUGGUCGACAAGCUGGUCAAUUGCCGAUCGUUUGUAAUUUCACCGCUAGGCAACCAUCUUGCGCCCGACGAAGACGAGAUGGAUGUGUCCUAUGACCAACACUUCACCCCCGACGACGCCGCGAGCAUCCUGCUUGACAUUAUCGCCGAUACUGCUUUGCCCGUGAAGCUAUUCUGGUAUGGCAGGGGAACGAACUAUAGGUCCGAGAUCAUGAACAUUCAGAGAUUGCCAAAAACGCUCUUCCUCAGUCCAGGCUUUCGUGCCGGAUGGGGAUCCCUCACAAACCUCCAUCUGGAGCACAAACUCACGCCACACAACUAUUCCUUCCUUUUGAAUAUGCUGCUCAGCACGCCGAAUCUUCGGAAACUCUAUCUCAGUCUGACACCUAAAGACUUGGCCAUCGAAUUCUACUCGUAUGUCGCCAAGUCAGAGUCUUUAUCCUGCCUGUUGGAACGGAUAUCGCUCUGCUGUACAGCUAUUCGGUCGUCAGAUCUCAUGCACAUCCUCGAUCGGUCUCGACAUACGUUGAAGCGAUUGAUCCUUUCUGACGUUGGAGGCUUGUCGGGGAGUUUACCGCAGUUGCAGGACCAGUUGUCUGGCUUCCCCUGUCUGGAGAAGGUGGACUUAAGAAUGUGCCAAUGAUCAAUCAUUAUGCACGGUACCAAAUGAGAUACGAAUUACGCCUUCUACCCGCCCCACACAUCCUUUCGCCACCGUCAUACCUGCUGCAGGUGCGGGUUUUACUCUGCGAUGUAACAUAUACCCACCACCAACACCCUGCUCGCACCCAGGACGACGCCACCAGAUGGCGUCUUUCACAAGACUGAAUCCUGACGAACAACACAGCCUUUCAUCACGUGCACGCCUUCCGCAGUCCGGGCAGUCAUCAGGACUUGCCCCAAGGUCUUGAAAGAGGAUUAAGCAGCUGUCACGGCCUGUUAGCGAGCCGGAAUCUGCAGGCUGGUUGUUGAGUUAUGAUUGUUCGCUUGCUGUCUCGGUCAUGGC